GUUGACGCGCAACGCGGAGCCUUGCGCCAUGGCGAUCCAUGGAGUGGUUUGGUCCGGCACCUUUGUUCGCGGAGCCCAAGAAGCGCGAAGGACCGCGGCUGAGUCGGAAAGCAGAAGAGUCCGAGACAGAAGAGUCUCGCAACCGACAGAAAGAACUACAAGAGAUCAUUGUCACAGCAGAUAAUGUGGAGACGAUUCUCUCGACCGUCCGCGAAUUGGAGGGGGCCAUCGUUAUCUCUACCGCGUUGCAUCGCCUUGGGAAGGUGCCAGUUGGAGCUCACGUCUUUCGUGAUCCGCGCUUCCAUCUGCUGUUGGAUCGCUUCAAGUCGCGCUUGCCCUUCUUUGGUUCGCGACAGAUCGCCAACUCCUUACAUGGUCUGGGGGCCGUUUGUUAUCGCAGCAAAGGGCCCUGGGUGGAGAUGGUUUCCAUCCAAACCCAGCGGCGAAUCCACGAGUUUGAGCCGCAGCACGUGUCUAACACCCUCUGGGCCUGUGCCCGGAUGCAGCUGCACGAGCCAUUGAUGUUGCGAGCAUUGACCUGCAGGGCCAUUGAGGACAUUCAGCGCUUUUGUCCCCUGGAUAUCUCCAUUUGUACCUGGGCCUUUGCCACGAUGAAGCACCGAGAGCCUGAGUGGCUUCGUGCCGUGGUCCGUGCUCGCUGCGAGUUCGCGGAUUUUUCGCCGCAGAACAUGUCCAACUUUGUUUGGGGCUUGAGCACGUUGGGCUUUCGCCACGACAACAUGGUCUUAGCUGUUGGACGCGAAGCUUCGCGGAAGAUCCAGGAUUUCAUUCCACAGGAGCUGUCGAACUUCUCCUGGGCCCUGGCCACCAUGGACCUUUGCGACAAUUUGAUGCUGCGCGCCAUCGCGGAAGAGGUGGACCGCAGGGGUGACGAGGUCAACAGCUGGGACCCACAGAGCCUGUCCAACAUGAUGUGGGCCUACGCCACCUUAGCCUUGAAAGAUGAUCCGCUCUUCCGUCGGCUGCUGGACGCCUCCAUCGCGCGGAUCGAGGAUCACGACACGCAAAACUUGGCCAACACGUCCUGGGCCACCGCCAUGGUAGGUUUCCGCUGCUCGCGCUGGUUAGACGCCGCGGCCAGGGCGGCGGUGCGCAUGAUUCGCGACUGUCAGACGCUUCACCUGGCGCAGCUGGCGUUCGCCUUUGCGCGCUUCGUGAGCACCGGGGAACGGCACGGCUUUCUGUCAGCGCUCCUCGAAGAGACGUUGCGACGGGUCGAGGAGUUUCCACCGCAAUCGCUGUUCGACGUGCACGAUGCCUUGAUUUUUUUCAAGGUGAUUCCCAGCGCCAUUUGGGUGGAAUGUGCAGUUUUCGUUGUUGGGGACUGGUUCUUAAGUAGAAGGGGAUGA